AUGACUUCUACUGCGAGUCAACAGAAUCAAAAUCCGGCGCAACCCCCCGCAGCUCCUGCAGCCGCCCCGUCGUAUGCUUCCGCCGCCGGUGCGAACAAGAAGCCGACAUCCUCGCCGCUCCCUGCGACGGGCUUCCAGCCGCCCGUUGUGGUUGGAUCCUCCUCGCCCGCGCCCCAGAAUGGCAGCCCCUCGAUCCCCGCGCCCAUGACCGGCCGACCGAACAUUACCCCCGCGGUGCCCGUCGCUGUUCCGCCCGUCGCCCGCGGCAGCCCGAUCGUGAACGGCGCCCAGGAUCACACCCGCAAAAGUUCCGUGACCAUCAACGCUAACGGCGGUCCCGUCAACGGCCCCAAGGGCAUCCAGUUCGGCUUCAACGAGUCGCCUGCAAUCGCCCACAGCUCGCCCCAAAUCGGUGGCGCUGCCCCGAUCCCGAUUCCCGGCAGUGGGAACCCGAGGAUCCAGUCUCCCGCCCACUCUCCCUCGCCUAUCCCCCGGAUUCCCCAGCAGAGCGGCGGUGGCCAGCGAGCUCCGUCGAUUCCCCAGGCUCCGGUAACAUUUGGGAGCUUCCCCGGUGACAAUGAUCGCCACCUGAAGCACGGCUUGGGCCAGAGCCCCCACGUCCGACGCGAUUCUCAAGCCUCGACACAUGGCGACGGCAUUGCCCACGGCGGCCCCGCGCAUGGCCGUAGCGGCUACCGCGGCGGCGGCCCGACGACCCCCUCGAUGGGCCACGCCCACAUCACUCCCACAAUGCAGCCCGCUGCGUUGGCCCCGAACGCUCAGCCCUAUCACUACCCCGGCAUGAACCCGGCUAUCCCUCCUUAUUCUCAUCAAGUAAAGUCCCUUUCUAUUAGCAACGAGUAUCCCACGUUCAAGGCACAUGGCGGCAGCGGCAACAACAAUAGUAGCAGCGGCAGCAGCAACCACAAGAAGAAUAAGGCAGCGCGUCGGGACUCGGAGAAAGCGCACCAUCUGCGAGGUCCCAACAUGAACGCCUUCUCCAAGCAAAACAACCCCAAUUUCAGCUCUAGUGGCACCGGCACUGGCAUGGAACUCACCCGGCGGUCGCGGCGUCCAAGCAAGCGUUGGGACUCUGCGGCCGACUGGCACCAUCAGGACGUCACUGGCGGCGCUCCAUUGCCUGACGAUCCCGAUGGGUUGUUCCCUCCGCCCUACCGGUUUCAGCCCGGUCGUCCGGUUCCUGCUAUCUUUCCCCAUCAUUUGAUGGAGGGCCACAUUGACCUCUCGCCCGAAAGCGGUACGUUUGAGAAGUUGCUAACCGCAAACAAGAUGCAGAUGGGCGCCCCCUACGGCAUGCAGCCGCAGAUGGAGGGCUACCGUUUAGGUUACCCUACCUACAUGCCCCAGCAGAUGAACCAUUAUCCUCAGCAGCCCACCCGCUUCGGCCCCGGCCCCCACCAGCAUCAGCCGCAUCCGCAUCAACUCCCGCACCAGCCGCACCAGCCGCAUCAGCAGCAUCAGCAGCAUCCGCAGCACCAGCAGCACCAGCGGUUUGUACCUUCGUACGGGCCCGGGCAGCCCGCUGCCCAGCCCAUGUCUCGUAACCCCUCACAGGUUUCCGAUCGUCCCGCGUCGAGCACCGGUCAGCCCCAACCGGCCCCGGCCGUCACCCAGGGUACCCCCCAGCAGCGGCCCGCCCAGCUUGCCCAGGCGGCUCCCGCCAUCGUGUCGUCGCCGGCCUUCUCGCGGCCCAAGAAGAGCCAGGCCAUCGUCAUCAAGAACCCGGAGGGCCAGAUUGUCGAUCUGCCAGUCCCCGUCAAGGCGCCGGCCGUCGCCGCCUCGAAUGUCCCGGUGUCCAAGACCCCUCCUGCGAUCGUCUCGACGCCGACUCCGCCCCCGAAGCCCUCGACGCCGUCCCAUAGCCGCACCGACAGCACGUCGACCGGAAAGACGGCCGAGCAGAUCCGUAACGACUUCAUUAACUCGGUCAGGAAACAGGCCGACGCUCCCUCUAACCCGAAGGCCAAGGAGGAAGAGGACGCAAAGGCAGCUGAGGAAGCGGCUGCUGCCAAGGCCGCUGAAGAGGCCGCGGCCGCCCAGAAGGCUGCUGAUGAGAAGGCUGCUGCUGAAAAGGCUGCUGCUGAGAAGGCCGCCGCCGAGGAGAAGGCCAAGGAGGAUGCCCGCCUCGAGGCUGAGAAGAAGGCCGCGGAGGAAGCCAAGGCUGCCGAGGAGGCUAAGGCCAAGGAGCAGGCUGAGACGGACGCGAAGGCCAAGGCCGAUGCGGAUGCUGCUGCUGCCUCGAAGCCCUCGGAGGGGAAGACGCAAAAGGAGAUAGAGGAUGAAGAGUUUGAGCGCAUGGUCCGGGAGAUGGAAGAGGAGGACGCCCGGCGUGAGAAGGAGCAGGAGGCGAUCUCUGCCCAGAAGAAGGCGGCGAAGGAGGAGGAGAAGAAGCGGGCCGAGGCGGCCAAGCUCAGCUCGGCGGACAAUGACAAGAAGCUGAGAGAGCAGGAGGCCGAGAUGGAGCGGCUCGAGGAGGAGCGCGAGCGUCGCCGCAAUGAAGAGGCUGCCAAGGGCCAGUCGGUGUCGGUCAACGACCUCUUGUCGAAGCCCAUGAGCGCGCUGAAGCUUGCCGAUAAGGAGGCGGCCGAGAAGUCUGCCGCUGCAGACGCAAGCGCCAAGGCGGGAGCCGCUGACAAGUCUAAGAGCAAGCCCGCUGCGCUCAACCUGGCGCCCCUCAAGACCACGCCCGUCGAGGCACCCCAGCCGAGCGCGGCGCUGCAGUCGCUCCGCUCUGCUCGCUUCCUACCGGGUGUCGAGCACAACAUCUACCCCGCGGGCAUCGCCUCGCCCAACCCGGCCCUCAAUGCGGCUGUCCAGAAGAAGGGCAAGAUCUUCAAGUACGACGCCCAGUUCUUGCUACAGUUCCAGCAAGUCUUUACCGAGCAGCCAUCGCUUGAGUUCCACCAACAGGUCAAGUCUCUCAUCGGCGACUCGGACGGCUCGCGCUCCGCUUCGGCGCGCACGCCCGGUGCCGGCUCGGGCCGUCAAAACUCGUCGCGUGGUGGCGGUGGCGCGUCUGCCUUCCCAUCUGGCGGUGCGAUGGGUCAGUUUGGCGCGGCCAAGAUGCUGCCGCCCGGGACCACGUCGGAGCAGCGGUUCGCCAUGUCCCAGGGCAACAUGUCUCGGCCGGCCAUGGGCACGAUGGGCUUUAACCGCGGCGGUGCGUUCCCUGGUCAGAUGAGCCGGACCCCAUCGUCGACGGGCGGCGGUCUGCCUUCUCCGCGGACGGGCAGCAGACGGGGCGGCGGCGGCAGCCGCAAAGACUUUGGUAACGCCAAGGCCGAGGCGCAGGCUGCUAAGACCAUGCCCCUCACCCAAGGCAUGGAUCUCAAGCCCAUCACGACUUCGGCGACCGGCUGGAAGCCGACGAGCAUCGGUAACAAGGCUGCUCAGGCACCGACGGCCGUCACCCAGGGCGGCCACCUCGACCCGGGCAUGGUGCAGCGCAAGGUCAAGGCGGCGCUGAACAAGAUGACACCGGAGAACUUUGAGCGCAUCUCGGAGCAGAUCCUCACCAUUGCCGGGCAGUCCAAGAACGAGCAGGACGGCCGCACACUGCGCCAGGUCAUUCAGCUGACGUUCGAGAAGGCGACCGACGAGGCCCACUGGGCUUCCAUGUACGCCCGCUUCUGCAAGCGCAUGCUUGACACGAUGAGCCCUGAGAUCCGUGACGAGGGUAUCCUCGACAAGGCCGGUAACGUGGUCAGCGGCGGCGCUCUGUUCCGCAAGUACCUGCUUAACCGCUGCCAGGAGGAGUUCGAGCGCGGUUGGAAGGUCGACCUGCCGCAGCCGGCGGAAGGUGAAGAUAAGAAGGCGACCGAGGCCGCUCUUCUGUCCGACGAGUACUACAUUGCCGCGGCUGCCAAGCGUCGUGGGCUGGGUCUCGUCCAGUUCAUUGGUGAGCUCUACAAGCUCGGCAUGCUCACGGAGCGCAUCAUGCACGAGUGUGUGCGCAAGCUGCUCGAGUUCACCGGCAUGCCCGACGAGGCUGAGAUCGAGUCGCUCACCAAGCUGCUCAAGACGAUCGGUGCGAACCUCGAUAACACCGAGAAGGGCCGCCAGUUUAUGGAGGCGUACUUUGCGCGCAUCGACACCAUGGUGCAGAUUGAGGGCCUGCCGAGCCGUCUCAUGUUCAUGCUGAUGGAUGUCGUCGACCUGCGCAAGUCGGGAUGGGUCUCUAAGGAGGCUAACAAGGGGCCUAAGACCCUGGAUGAAAUUAAGGCUGAGGCCGAGGCAGCAGCCGCACUCAAGGCGGCUGAGAGUGCCCGCAACAGCAGCCAGCGUGGCGGCGGUGGUGGUCCCGGCGGCCGACCGAUGGGCGGUCGUGGCGAGUCGAGGAACUUUUCGUACAACUCGGCGCCGAACCAGGUUGGUAUCGACGAUCUCCGUCGACUCAAGGGCUCGUCAAGCCGCACGUCGAGCCAGAACCCAGCCACAUCGUUCGGCCCCACGUCGAUGUUCAACUCGCGCAGCAACAGUGGUCGCCGCAUGGGAGGCCCCGGUGGUGCUUUCGGUCGUGCCGGUGAGGACUCUGGCGCUUCCUCACGCACCGGAACACCCCCGGUUCGCGACCGUGACUCGGUUGCGCAUACCAAUGCAUUUGGUCUACUCGCUGAUACCGGCGACCACGCGGGCUCCCCCCCAUCGACCCACGCCUCGCCGGCACUGCCCAAGGCCACCCUCGACACCGUGGCUUCCGGCAACGAUAAGGGAGGUAACCAAAGCUAG